AUGUCGCCUAUCGGUGGUGGUGGUGGUGGUGGUGGUGGUGGUGGUGCUGCUGCUGCUGCUACUGCUGGCGGCGCUCUGUUGCCCCUCAUUGCGGCGCGUCUAGAGCUCCAGAUUUCCAUCAUUAACCCGCACCAUUACCCAUGCGCCGGGCCUCGCUCCCUGUCACUUCCAAACUCUGCCAUGUUAAGCGGUGGUCGGCCGGGUCGAGACUUAGCGAUGGCAUCCCCGUCGGGCUAA